AUGGAGUCCGUUCGCCAGUCUUGUCGCCCAAAGCAUCAGGUAUUGACCCUGAAAUGCUAUCCAAAAUAUCAGAAAGGUGUGGCGGAAGUCAGGCCGAACCCGAGUGAACUCUCGUACUUGCUGUACUAUGCCAGCACGCGCCGCAGCAAAUUGACCAAGGUUGGCGCUUUCCUGGAGAAAAGGGUCGCUCGGGAUGUUUGGAGACGCAGAAUUGGAAAUGUCCAAGUGGCACUUCACAUUCUUGCGGCGCUUAUCGACAAAGUCCCCCGCGAUCUCCCGAUCUACGCUCGAUCCGUCAUGACCGUCGUCGAUACCGUCUUGCGGUCGAAUGAUAUUACAAUGGUGGAGGAAUCGAUUGUUCCGUUCGAGGUAUUCUGCCGGCAUCAGGACAUCGCGGCCAUCGCGGCAGACCAAGACCUGGCGCACCAAUACAGGGAAGUUGUGCGAACUUAUGCCAGCUUCGCCGACCCAGCCUUUGUAGCAAAUUCUACCGCCAGGUUCAGCCCUCAAGUUGCGAUUCGGUGGAGAAAUGCAGGCUUGCGGGCCAUCAAAGGCGUGGUCAGCUCAGAGAGCUUGGCAGCCGAUGGAGGAACGUCACUGAAGCUCUGCCUGCCUGUUAUCCUUGAAAACUUGUACUCCAGUGAUGAAGAUCUUCUCACGACAUUGAAGGCCAAGCUUCACGAAUCGGACCCGAGCGAUGGGCCCAAGCCGCGUCGCAUGAGUGUCAACACAGUUCAUACGGUGGAUACAGCAAACGGUGAUCCUGAGCUAGCAGCCCAAUCAGCAGAGAAUGCUGAUCGGAAGGCGGAAAUGGAAGCACGGCUCAUGGCUUUGCGUUGUCUCGAGCAAAUCAUUGUGUCUGGUAGCAAUCGUGGUCAGAUCCGGAUUGCGGUCACAGUCAUUCUGCGUUUCAUUUCCAGCAAGGGCUUCCCGCAGAGCGAGAAGCAUGGCCAGAUGAUCGAGGGCAAAAGUGGCAACUGGGCAACAUCACUGAUUGAAAUGAUUGCAAACUGGUGUCCGGUGCAAGUUCGAUUCAUCAUUCUGAUCACAGCCAUGGAGAUCCUACAUGACACAAGCCCUAAGGAGGAAGCGCUGGAGUCAUCGUUCACUAUUCUCUCCGUGGUUGACUGGCUUCUGAAAUCCUCUGUGAACAUGAUCGGACUCAGUGUCAUGGACAUUCUAUUUGGGCUUAUGCAUUACGCUUCCGAUAUCUUGUCUCCCCCGGAUCGCUCUGGGAUAGCUGAUCCAGAGAAGAAGCUCAAUUCAUUGGCAAAUGUCGUGGCAAUCUCACCCCGACGACAAGAUCUUCUCACGCUAUUAGAGCAGUGCAUUGGAGACCUUGCCACGCACAUCUACUACGGAGAGCAAGUCGCGGAUAUGAUGCGUGCGAUUUUGAAGCGGUUCAAGCCUACUCUUCAUCAUGACAGCUCCGCGCCAUCAACACUAGCUACAGUGCACGAAGCUGGAGUGGCACACAUAGACUCAGGAUCUUCCUCGGAGACAAAUGGAGAAAAGGCAAACGCGGAACUCUUCUCGCAUGCCGCCGCCAAGCUGACUGCCCUUCGAGCUGUAAAGGCUAUCUUGAUCGUGACACAUUCAAAGACACCAGCUACCAUGUCCGGAGCAGAAUCCAGACACCCUGUGGGGAUUCAUGUAUGGGAGGGCACUCAAGGACUUGUUCGUGACGCAGACCAUGAUGUUCGCUACGCUUACACGGAUGCUUUCCUGAUGUGGUUGAACUUUGAGACCAACAAGAACGAUUUGAAGGCCCAAAUCGACGUGCCUAAAUACAUCAAGACAUCCUCGAAGCGAGACUCCGAGCAGGGGGACAAGCCCAAUUGGCGAAACACAUCGGCCCCUGGGAACCAGAGGGAAUCGGUGGCUCUGGCAGCCCAGUCUAACUUCCUUCGUCUUAUUCACCUCUCUAUCUACGACUCUGCACUUGAAUCCUCCACCAACGAGGCCGAGGUUCUCCUGCUGCACCUGCUUCUCACAAGUCUUGUUGAGAACCUAGGGGUGAAUGCUGCUCAGUUCGGACUUCCCAUGGUCCUCAAACUGCAAGAUGAUCUUUUCACGUCAAUAGAACUCAGUUCCUUUGCAGGUCGCGUGAACAUUGGGAGCUUGAUUCACGGUUAUCUCCUCGCACUUUCAAAGAAAUUCAAUAUGGAGUCUUCUCCGAUAGGUCUUGAAAUUACCAACGAAGUUCAACACCGCCAGAGUCAGGGAUAUUGGUUCUCCAAAAUCCGUUUGCCAGCGACUACCCUCGAGGGCAUUGCCUUUGAUGGCGAACAGAAGUCGGAUAAUGACACCUCGCCACCACCAUUGUCCCCCUUCCGCAAUGUUGAUGGGCUUGUAUACUUGAUUGACGAAUCAUACCGUCAAUCGAUCUCCUCUCCCCCGCAGAGCCCCCCAACAUCCCCAGCGCGGGGCUUCACAUUCCCUGUCCUCGGACACUCAUCGACAGCACUCUCCCAGAAUGACGGUGGUUUGCCGUCCGCUAUAAGAGAACAAAUGAUUUCUCAGUGGUCCCGUGAAGCGUGCCUGGCCGCAGUUGACAAGGAAGUUGCCAAAACAAUCUCCAUCAGCGGGUCUCGAACUAUGAACGCGCGCAACCAAACCAAUGGAGCCGCAAAUGGCUCCCCUGCCGAUUCUCAGCUUAAUCGCCGCAUGAGCAUUCCCGAGAUCUCUGGAGCAUCAUCCCAAGGCUCUAGCAAGGGGUCGCCGGUUCGCAUCAAUGAUCUUCGACGCGUCUUGUCUGUCACUCAUGACUCGCAUAAUCGACGAGUCAGUCCACUACGCGGUCAAGUCGACACAUCCAAUGCGAGCAUCGUCUCUUCCGGAAGUGAGAGUAUGUACAGUGGCAACUUUUCCGUUUCGGAAAUCGACGGCGAUGCAGCAUCAAUCCAGCCAGAGGGUCAACAAGCCCUUGAGGACGAUGGUGCCGAAACACCUCGCCCUUCGGCUGCUGCGGUUGCCCUCCUAAGCGACGAUCAAAACGUUACAACUCUCAGCCGGGUGAACUCCAACGAAGCUAUUCCCCCGGUCCCACCUAUCCCAGUCAGCCUCUCAAUCCCAGGCGGUUUCCCCAACGAUUCUCAGCGCUCCUUGGUCUACGACCGUCCAUCCACAGCCCCAGACCCAUCACGCCAAAAUUCUUUAAAGCAGAAUGACACCCCGGGGGCUCUCGCCGUUCAACCCUUGAACCGUAACAAAAGUCGCUCGAACUACAACCUAGCCGGGGCUGGAAUCCCCGAACUCGUCAACGGCUAUGAAGCCGAUGCCCUCGACGGAACCCAUCAAGACCAGUUGAAAAAGCUUCUGGAUGGAUUCCUUUCGCCUGAUGAUAGCUUCAAGGGUCGGCCUUCUACUGCUAGGACCGCUUCCAAGCUUCCUUUGGGUAGAAACCCCAGCAGACGACAGGCUAGCGGGGGCAUUAGCAGACCGCCUUAUUGA